AUGCCUCAGGACCAAGAUGCGCUCUACAAAGUCGGCCGCGGUGGGGCAGGCAACUACGUCUCGUCGAAACAGGCCGACGAGGCUUCCAAAGAUCUUGAAGCGCAGCAGCUAAAGGCCAUUGCCUCUUCCUUCUCUUCGCCGUCAGCGGCCCCGUCGCAGCCGCAGGGCCCCGCAAGAGCCGGCCGUGGAGGCGCCGGAAACUUCAUCGACCCGUCGUAUGCCGCGCAGAACCAGGGGCGGCUGGCAGACGAGACGGGGGCCGCCGUGGCCUCGAGCCUGAAGAAGAACCCGCAGCCUCACCGCGCGGGCUGGUCGGGGCGCGGGGGCGCCGGCAACUACAACUGGGAGCAGGCCGCUGAAGAAGAGAGGCGGCAGCAGGAGGAGGAGAGCAAAGCAGAGCUGGAUAAGAAGAUUAAAGAGGCGGUUGAAGGAGCCUUGAAGAUGCCGGAAAAGGCGCAUCAGCACGUAACCAAAGAGGAGGAAGCGGAAGAGGAGCAAGGGUGA